AUGAAACGCCACAGGCAUCUAAGCAGCAGUGACAGUUCAGACAAUGAGAGUCCUUCCACUUCAUUUUCUUCCUGCUCAAAAUAUAGGAGCAAGUCGAAAACUCCAGCAAAGGAACAGAAGAAACCUGCUGAGGUGUUCCGGAAGGACCUCAUCAGUGCCAUGAAACUCCCAGAUUCACAUCAUGUUAAUCCAGAUGAAUAUUACCUCUUUGCGGAUACAUGGAAAGAAGAAUGGGAAAAGGGUGUUCAGGUACCAGCCAGUCCAGACACUAUUCCACAGCCUUCUCUCAGAUUUUUUUAUGGGUCUAAUGAGAAUGGACUUGAGGGAAAGAACGUAUUAGUGUAUCUCCAACCAGGCCACAGAUCUUACCUAGUUGCCAAAGCUGGGACAAGGCAUUUGUAUGCCCUAGAAAAGGCAUGUUAUGGCAUUCUCAAGGUUCCGGAAGGAAGCUGGUUAUGUCGUACCUGUGUCCUGGGCAUUCAUCCUCAGUGUCUUUUGUGUCCAAAGAGAGGUGGGGCCAUGAAGGCUACCAGGACUGGAACCAAAUGGGCUCAUGUCAGCUGUGCCCUAUGGAUUCCAGAGGUCAGCAUUGCUUGCCCUGAAAGGAUGGAACCAAUCACGAAAGUCUCUCACAUCCCACCUAGUCGAUGGUCUUUAGUCUGCAGUUUAUGCAAGUUAAAGACAGGAGCUUGUAUUCAGUGCUCUGUAAAAAGCUGUAUCACAGCCUUUCAUGUUACCUGUGCAUUUGAGCAUAGCCUGGAAAUGAAGACUAUCCUUGAUGAUGGGGAUGAAGUCAAAUUCAAGUCUUAUUGCCUCAAGCAUAGUAAAAACAAACAGAGCUCUUUGACUGAAGCAAGUGAUCAUUCCCAAAGCACGGGUGAUCAGAACCAGAUUGAAAGUGAGAAAACCAGUUUGCGGGCCCAGAAAUUAAGAGAACUAGAAGAGGAAUUCUACUCCCUGGUAAAAGUAGAGGAUGUUGCAGCAGAACUUGGCCUUCCGAAACUUGCUGUGGACUUCAUCUACAAUUACUGGAAAUUAAAACGAAAAAGUAAUUUUAAUAAGCCAUUAUUUCCUCCUAAGGAGGAUGAAGAAAAUGGCUUAGUGCAACCAAAAGAAGAUAGCAUUCACACUCGCAUGAGAAUGUUUAUGCACCUGAGACAGGAUCUGGAGAGGGUCAGAAAUCUCUGCUACAUGGUCAGCAGGAGAGAGAAGCUGAAACUGUCCCACAGCAAAGUUCAUGAACAGAUCUUCAAUUUUCAAGUCCAGCUUGCAAACCAGGAAAUUGCUACAGGACAUCCUCUGACAAGUGCACUAGAAAACACGUUGUUUUACCCACCUCCAAGAAUAACUUUAAAAUUAAAAAUGCCUAAAUCAGCACUGGGGGACUGCAAAAACAACUCAGUGAAAACCAAUAACAGACCUCUCUCACCUGAUGAAAAUAGCAACUCAGCCCCAACUUACAACAAAAAGAGUAUGCAGAUACCCCAGGAAACUUUUGAAAUGCGAAUGAAAUCUUAUUCCAGGUAUUCCCAUGACAGCAGGAGCAAUGGGCUACUAGCCAGUCUCAGUCAUUCUAGGAAUGAAGCAAAAGAUUCUGGUCUAGCUCAACCUUCUGAGUUCCAGCGUGGGCAGUCUCUUGGCAAGCCAUUAGCCCUUCAAGCUGCACUUCAUGGACAGUCUUCCAUUGGAAAUGGGAAAAUACAACAGAACUCUAGGUUUGCUAAGUCCAAUGGCUUGAUGGGCAACAGUAGGUCAGGUGAUGUAACACAGAGAGACAAUUCUAGUCAGACUUCCUAUGAACAAGAGUCUGUGCUUUCUGCUCACUUGUCUAGUCAGAGCAGCUUUAGAAAAUCUUCCAUGGAACAUUUCAGUAGGUCCUUUAAAGAGGCAACCAAUAGUUUGGUGAGGACCACAGAAGACCUCAGAUGCUGUGAAAAGUCAACUAGAAGACUUAAUACCAAGGAGCGUUUAUGGAGUAAGCAGACUCUUGAGUAUCAGACAGGAGGGGCACCAUAUCAGGAAAAUGACGGGUAUUGCCCUGACUUAGAACUUAGUGACUCUGAAGCAGAAAGUGAUGAGAAUAAAGAACAAGUCAAGAUUAGAAGAAACAACUCAGACAGGGAAAGCCCUUCCAAGGAUUUUGGAAGAGAUUGUCGCAGCAGAAAUAAAACAAGUAUGGUUUCCCACAGUUCUGUGCAAAGGUGAUUAAAAACUUGAAAGGGUAACUCAGCAUUUGUAUGAUCCCAGUGUAUUGGUGCAAACCUAGACACCAAAGGAUUCUAGAAUAUAAUGCCUAUGUUAGGAGGAAAUGCAACAAAAGGGUGAAGUAAUUGUUCAACAGUGAAUUGGCCAGCAGUUUUAAGAAGACAAACCCAGCUUCUGCAAGGGCAUAUAGGAGUCAGCAGAUUCUUUAUUGGUUUUAG